UAUGGUGACACCCUCCUCCCCUGCUCACAGUGUACCGGAUGACCCACGAGCUCACCUAUGCCGAGAUGAGGAAGGGCUCUGACGAAUGGAAAACUGUACUGGGUGGAGUCUUCUUCUUCCUGGGCUUCACGGGGCUGCUGGUGUGGUGGCAGCGUGUCUACGUCAUGGGAGACGUGCCGCACACGCUGUCAGACGAGUGGGUGGAGAAGCAGACCAAACGGAUGCUGGACAUGAGAAUCAACCCGGUGCAGGGCUUUGCCACCCAUUGGGACUACGAGAGGAAGCAGUGGAAGUAGAGGACCAGAAGAAGAGAGGAGCAACCUUAAACGAUUACUGUGGCCCAUCAGUCAGCAAGGUGCUGCAGCCUUUACAUGCGUCUCCUGUUAUAAAAAUCAAGGACUUAAAAUAAAAUAAAAUUCAUAGCACCAAAUAUAA